AUGCAAGUUAAUAGAACUCUCAGUAUUGUUGGUGGAACUUUUGAGAUUAUUUCAUCUGGGACCAAUUUCAAAUAUCACAAGAACUUGAGGAUGAUGAACAACUACAAAGUGGAGACGAUUGAUGAUGGAUUGAAUGAGUUCCAUGUUGAAUUUCAAGGACCAAAAAUAUUUGGUUGUAACUUGGCAGCUUUUUAUGAGGGAGGUGUAUGGAAGGUAAGGGUGACGUUUUCAAAUGAUUAUCCUUAUACAUCUCCAUCUAUUGGCUUUAUCAACAGGAUCUACCAUCCGAAUGUUGAUGAAACGUCAGGUUCAAUCUGCUUAAAUGUCCUCAAUCAGACAUGGAGCCCAAUGUACCAACUGCAAAAUGUGUUUGAUGUCUUUCUACCACAACUUCUUACGUAUGCGAACCCAUAUGAUCCACUGAAUAGAGAAGCUGCUAAACUAAUGAUGCGCGAUCUUACUGCUUAUGAACAAAAAGUGAAAGAGCAUUGUCAGACAUAUGCAAAGAAGUCGGAAGCCGUUGUUGCCAAAGAAGAGGAGAAAUCUAGCGACAUGGAGCUGAGUGAGGAUGAAUGUGACUCUGGUGACGACGAAGCUGCUUGUCAAAUGAUCAUUGAUUGAAUGCAAUAUAAUUAUGCUUUUUCUAGGAAUCUGUCUUGGAAAAUGAUGAGACAUUCAGCUUCUGGCAAAUUAAACCCUUAAUAAUGCUCGUCAAAACAUUAAACAUUCAUGCCCCUCAAUUUAGUUUUUAAAUCUAUCAAGUUUCGGAUAUUUGUUGCUUGUUUACAGAUUGAUAUUUGUUUAGUUGGAAACUGUUUAUGAUCAGAGUAGCCUGCUUUGCUUUGGGUGUCGAGGAUGAACCUGAGGUUUGAGGGUUCUUCUUACUGGUGCAUAGAUGCCUGGUGAAGGGUGUUUAUUGCAGAAAUGACU